UCAGCGGUGUUAGCUGUCUGGGAGGCCUUGGAGCGAUGCGGGACUGAAGGCUGGGGAAAGUACUUGCUGACAUUGGAUCAGGCUAAGGCCUUUGAUCGGGUAGACCACGAGUACCUGUGGCUUCUCCUUGAUAAAUGUGGCCUGGAUGGGAGGUUCAUUGGCUGGCUUAAGACCUUGUAUAGCGGGGCCGAGAGCUUCAUGCUGGUGAAUGGUUGGAUUGGGCAGUCCUUCGAGGUUGGUUCAGGGGUGCGCCAGGGGUGUCCUCUGAGCCCUUUACUCUAUGCUUUCGCAGUCGACCCCUUCGUAAGGAGGUUGGAUGGCGUAGCAUUGGGUGGGGUGCCGGUGGGCAUUCCUGGGGAGCCGCCUUUGAGGGUCAUUGCCUAUGCCGAUGACAUUUCUGUCUUUGUCUCCGGGGCUGAAGAGGCGCAGGUGGUAGUUUCGGAGAUAGAACAGUAUUCUGAGGUGUCGGGGUCCAAGGUUAAUCAGGACAAGUCUGAAGUUCUCUGGCUAGGUGGGGAGGGUGAUCGCUUCUCACUUCCCGGAGCCCCAGCAGGCAGUUAA